GAUGCAUUUUUUUUACCACUGCGGUGCAAAAGGAUUGCCUUUUGCACCUAUUCUGGUAACCAAAUCUGCGACUUGUCUAAAGAGGAUAUGUACGGUAACGAAUGUGGCGCCUCGAGGUCGAGAAAGUCAAGAUUUUGCAGCCGAAGACCACCAUAUCUCGAGGCAUCUAACCACCAUGGUCGUAGCUGAAGUCCGGGCAUAUUUCCUAUAAAAGGUCGUCCAAGAUACCACCUUAGCAUCGCACUGAGUAGAGAGCAUAUACCAAACUUGAUAUCCAGCAUGAGAUUCUCUUUCACUUCUUCCGUUUUACUUGCUACGCACGCUGCUGCAGCCACCUUCUACGCGAGCAACUCCACAAAUGCACUUGAAGAGUUAUCACUCAGCGGUGCAUACGGCUGGUCAAGCCCUCAAUUUGCCCCAAUCCUUCACACUUGCAAUGAGACUUACACUAGAAUAAUCAAUGCUCAUCUACAAGAUUCGUUGGAGGCGGCUGCCUUCGCCAGAAACCGUCUGAUGGAGUACGGUAAAGAUGACGAAAUCUUUAUGAGAUGGUUCGGUGACGGAAGCAUCUACGAGGUCAUCGGUCUGCUCGACUAUCUUGUUGAAGCAAACAAGGAUCAAAUCAGCUGGCGUUGCGAUGACAUCUCCGACAAGUGUGAUCCUAACCCUACCUGGGGAGGGUACAGUUAUGAAGAGUCUCAAAACGUGCUUUGCCCAUACUUUUUCCAGGAAAGAGUUGCUCUCUCGAAAAUGUGCUUUGAUGGCACGAUUGUUGAGACUACUCCAAAGCACUAUGGUGGAAUUGACAUGCUGCACCGCUACCUCCAUCUUCCUGCUAUGAACACGGAGUAUAUCCAAGAGUACUAUGAGGAGAUCGACGAAAUCUUAGACUUGGCGCAGAAUAAUGCCACCUUUGCCACCAGAAAUGUUGACAGUUACCUGUACUACAUUGCAGAGGUCUAUGCCGAGUCUGUGGUUCCAGGCGGAUGUCUUGGAGAUUUGUAGUUCAGUUCUAGAACAUCACUUUCUUAAAACAAUUUUUCUUUAAUAAAACGUUCCAUCCCUGGCCAGGGUUACCUUUAGUUCCCCAUGUACCUUUCCACAGCCAAAAGCAGGAGAUUCGUAGGGCAGAAGCAAAAUUCUCGAUUCUCCACAUGAGAUAAUUUUGAUCUUUUUGAUGAAUCAUUGACGUACCUAUGACCGCAAACAACCAUGUGCAUAUCGAAGAGGUUUGGGAAUGGAACGCCAACUUUUCCAGGUCUUUUGCUGGCAUCCAUUCUGGGGUAAAGAAGUUUUGUGAGCAGGCAGUAGACAGCCUUCGCCAUAAUCCGAGCUGUGCAACAGCUAUCCUCAAGUUUUCUUCGCACAUGUUUCGGUUGAACAAACUUGACAUCUGGUGGAAGCAAAGACACAAUAAAGUAUUUGGCUGCACUAUGAACCUGUACAGCCAGUGCCUCAUGCUGUGGAUUAAAUAGGUAAUAGUGCCAAAGCCAACUAGCUUUUGCAACCAAUUCAAUUGCACACAGUGCAACACCCACCAUGGGAUUGUUCAUCCAGGGUACGGGACACUGGUAAAGAGGGGUCUUCAGAAAUGGACGAAACUCGUUGAAAAUAUCAAAAGGUGAUCCAAGCUCUAAUAGCCAUUCUUUUUGACAGAGAACUAAAAUGAUAGAGUAGUUGAAGAGAAAACUUUCUAACAGUGUUCUAUCAGUGGAUCUUAAUGGUACCUGUUUCUCUUCAACCACAGGAUGCGAUAUAUCAUCCAAGUAGUCUAAAGGAGGCGGCUCUUUCACUCUAAUGAUUGCAGAAAUAGCUGGCCAACUUCUUAUGACUUCAAGAGCCAAUUUGAGGUAUGUCACUGUCCGAAACGUGUUGUUUCCGUGAUAUUUCUCGCGCAGACACAAGUAUAUCCGCUACGGCUGCAGGCUGAAGAAAUUGGUUUGUCUCGCAACAUUUCACUUUCCUGUUACGACCUUGAUGGAUUGUUAACGUCAAUAUUUAUCAAACAAUCACUGUCAGACUUACAAGACAAACAGCCGGCCGACCUCUUUCUCCUUGUUGUGCGUACAAGUUUUUGCUCUUUUUUGUCCAUCGUCCGUUCAUUGCAACACUUUUAGUUAAAAC